AUGGCUGCCUCCAACUCUCACCCAAGAGACGAAGACUAUCUCAAUACAGUAAUCCCCAAACGUAUCCAACUCUUCCAAUCCAUUCAAUCUGAACAGCUCUCCCGCCUCCAGUCCCUCCCUCACGACUCCAUCAAGAUUACUUUGCCUGAUGGGACAGUGAAGGAAGGAAAGCGAUGGCAAUCAUCUCCUAUGGAUAUCGCGAAGGAGAUUGCGAAGAGUGUGGCUGCGAAUGCAUUGAUAUCUCAAGUCAACGGAGUGUUGUGGGACAUGAAUAGGCCUUUGGAGGAUGAUUGCGAGCUUAAGAUUUUUAAUUUUGAAAGCGACGAAGGACGCGACACCUUUUGGCAUUCCAGUGCUCACAUUCUCGGCCAGGCACUUGAGACGGAGUAUGGUUGCAAGCUUUGCAUUGGACCCUGUACCACAAGAGGAGAGCGAGCUGGGAAUCUGUCUAGAAAAAAAUGUGGGUUUAAAUCAAUGUUAUCAGGAAUGCGGUAUGAAAUGUGGUUUGCUGCCCCCUCUCCCCAAAACGUGGGAUUCUAUUAUGACGCAUACUAUGGUGAAUUGGGAUUGAAUGAUAGUCACUUCAAGCAGAUUGAUGCAGUUGCGUUGAAAGCUGUUGCGGAGAAGCAACCUUUUGAGCGCAUUGAAGUAUCACGGGAGCAGGCACUUGAGAUGUUUGGGGACAAUAAUUUCAAGGCAAUUUUAAACAAAACUAUAACCGUAUACAGAUGUGGCCCGUUGAUAGAUUUGUGUCGUGGGCCUCAUAUACCAAAUACAUCCUUUGUGAAAGCGCUUGCUUGUUUGAAGGCUUCAUCAGCUUAUUGGAGGGGUAAUAGAGAUCGUGAAAGUUUACAGAGAGUGUAUGGAAUAUCUUUUCCCGAUAAAAAACGUUUGCAGGAGUACAAGCAUUUCUUGGAAGAAGCAAAGAAGUACGACCACAGGUUGCUGGGUAUUAAGCAGGAACUAUUCUUUUGUCAUCCAUUGAGUGGUGCACUCACUGGACUAACACGUGUUCGGAGAUUUCAGCAGGAUGAUGCUCACAUAUUCUGCAGGAAAUCCCAGAUAAAAGAUGAAGUCAGAGGUGUUUUAGAAUUCAUUGAUUAUGCCUAUGGAAAAUUCGGAUUCACGUAUGAGCUGAAGCUAUCUACGAGGCCAGAGAAAUACCUAGGAGUGUUGGAAACAUGGGAGGAAGCUGAAAAAGCCCUUACAGAAGCAUUGGACGAGUUUGGGAAGCUGUGGAAGAUCGAUGAAGGUGAUGGUGCAUUUUAUGGGCCAAAGAUAGAUAUCAGUGUAUCUGAUGCAUUAAAGAGGAAAUUUCAAUGUGCCACAUUACAGCUCGACUUCCAGCUUCCAGAUCGUUUUAAGUUGGAAUAUUCAGCAGAGGAUGAAGCCAAGAGUGAAACACCUGUUAUGAUACACAGAGCAAUCCUAGGUUCUGUUGAGCGUAUGUUUGCUAUACUAUUGGAGCAUUACAAGGGGAAGUGGCCCUUCUGGCUUAGUCCUCGUCAAGCGAUUGUCUGCCCAGUGUCUGAGAAAUCUCAGUCUUAUGCAUUACAGGAUCAGAUUCAUGAAGCUGGUUAUUUUGUUGAUGCGGACACAACUGACAGAAAGAUCCAGAAAAAGAUACGAGAAGCUCAGUUAGCACAGUACAACUAUAUACUGGUUGUGGGCGAAGAGGAAGCCAAAACUGGACAGCAAAUAUUGAGAGGGGAUGUGCUCAAGAAAGCAUUUCUGACCAAAAUGCCUGUUUCGAUAGUGGGGGUGAUGCCAUCAUGA